AUGUUUACACUCCAUUUUCAUUACGAAGAUGUAUCACGUCAGGAUCCGUUGCUCAAACCGAAUCACGCCAACGUUAUGGAAGUUCCUGGAUCGUGUAAAAUAAGAGUAGUACCAAAGGCAGCACCUUCUGAUUUCAUAAUCAAAAAUGGAAAAUUGGCUAUGGAGAUUCCGUGCGGGCAGAAAUUAAUACAGACACAAAGGGCUUCGACAGGAAAGUCGUUUCGAUCCAAUCCAUUCUUGGGGUCAAAUAAAGAAAAAAAAGGAUAUGUCAGUGACCUAGCACGGCAAAGCACUCUCCGAGGUCAUGGAAUGUCUCAUUUUUUGGUAAAAAUCUCCGCAGUAAUGUCUCUGUUAGAUUUUCCGGUCGAAAUACGGGAAAAGUCCAUUCAAUUCUUGAUGGAAAUGGAGUUUUGCGAAUUCUCCCCGGAACUGGAAGAUCAUUUCGAGAUCUUCGAACAUAUUAGGGGGUUCCAUGUCACUAUUUUAACUUCGGCCAACACACAAGAUGAGACUUUACCACCGUGGAGCGGCUUUUUUCAAAAAGAUGAGGGGGAAAGUCAGUAA